GAAAGCGCGCGCGAACCUUUCGCACCAGCAGACCGCAGAUACAAAGAUACAAAAAUUCGCAAGAAAAAUUCGCAAGACCGAAAAUCGCAAGAAGUAGGAAAGGCAAGCCGAGAGGAAAGCCUAGCGAGAAAAAACGCCAGAAAAGUGCAAGUGAAGUGAGAAGAGCCGAGGAGUGCGGAGAGUGGAGUUGAGUUCUUGAAGCUUAUAAAAACAAAUUAGGAACGAGGCCUAGUGGCCCAAAUUCAGAAGGCAAAAGAAAGCAAAGAAGAUCAAGCGAAAAUUUGAAUAAUUAAAAAUAAACACGCGCCGUGCGAGAGAGUGAGUGUGCGUGUGGUAGUGUGCGUGUGCGUGCCGCAUAACGUAUCCGUCAGAUACGCAAAGCGAACCCCAAUCCAAUUCAAAUCGCUGACGCAUUUUCACCCGAAUACCGUUAUAGAGCCGCCAACGCUGCCGGCCGGCUUUUUGUGCCCAAUUAACGCACAUUCAACAAAUUGCCCAGACGCGAAAAACAAAUUGUUACAGCGGCAUCGGAAUAUCGCAGUUAAGCCCAGUUUUUAUAGUCGCAAUAAAUCGUAACAAAAACAAAAAAUACAAAGGCGAAAAAAAGAAAAACCCAAUAAUAUACUCACCUUUCGUCUCAUUUAAUUUCGCUGCGGUUCGUUCUGGUGGUGCAGUGCAAUAGAGAAAAGUUUAUAAAUAAAUAUACAAUAUACAAAUAACUGAAUGCAGAUGUUUGGCAUAAUAAGUGUCACAAUCAAUUGCUGAGCGGCGAGAUCUUGAAAAUACGCGAAAAGGAACCCAUUGAGCUGAAGAAGCGCCUGGACGAAGUGCGUCUGUUGGAAUCGCGACGCUCCGCCCGUCUGGCAGAUCAGGAUCGCGACACCGACUUCGCCAGACUCGCCGACAUGAGUGGUGAACGCCGCAGAACCACCACACACAGUAUUGAGGUGCCAUCGCAGCUGACGGCGCAGCACAAUCCCCGGAAACGUCCGCCCAGCGAUCUGCAGGACUACAGCAACUACGAGGAAACAUGCCGCGCCGCCGAGAUUCUGUCCUCGAUGAAGCUGCAGAGUCCGCAUGGCUCAAUGGCCGACAAGUGCUCGAGUCCCGGCAGCAGCUCGUCGGCUUCCUGGAGCUCCGGCUCCGCCUCGCCGCCCCUGAGCGACGACGGCCACGCCCACCACAGUCCACACAACAUAAUGUCGCCACAUGAUGCGGCCAACGCUCGCAUACGCACAACAUCGGUGUCCACGUCGGACGAGGGCAUUGUCAUCGACUUCAAGGAGGAGCGCAAGAAAAAGGUGAGUGCCAUGAAGUCUUUUACACCGAAAACCAACCAAACUUCGAAAAAGUUCCGCUGCACUUAUCGGGGCUGUCACUAUGUGGAACCCGACCAGAACAAAAUCGUUCGUCACAUUAGGAAAACACAUUUGGGGAAGAAGGCCCGUCGCUCGGCGGAUGACAACGAGGACAACGAGGAGGACUUCUACUACACGGAUGUCGACGACGACGACGAGCAGGUGAAGCCCAGCCUGGCCUCCGAGCCGACGCUGAGUCACCGCGACAUGGCGCGUCCGCCGCACGAGGAUCCGGAGUACCAGAAGCAGAUUGUGGGCAACUUCAAACAAGGACGGGCUGGCAGCCACUACAACCACCUAACGCAGACGCACGGACGCACCAUCAGCGGCAGCAACAUCCCGAGCACCCACCAGCAGCAGCUGCAGAACAACAACACCAGCUGCAUCCCCACUUCGCACCUGGCCCACCACAACUACACCUGGCCAGCGGCGGCGGCGGUGGUGCCAUCCGCGGGGACGGGACUCGUGGCAUCCAGCUGCAGCUCCAGCUCCUCACCGCUCGGCAAGCACGCUCGCUCGUCGUCCACCCGUCCGUCCCACUCGGUAGCGCCAUAUCCAUCGCCGACAUACGUCCAACAGCAGCAGCAGCACCACAGCAACAGCAGCAGCAGCAACAACCAUCACACGCACCACCACAACUACGCCGGCAGCAGCGGCAACAGCAGCAGCAAUAGCAACAGCAGCACCAGCAGCAGUCCGGUGAUCCACAGCAAUAGCAGUGCCAACAACAUGCUGCAGCAGCUCUCACAGCAGAAUGUCACGGUGACGGCACACCACAGCCAACAGCAGCAGCAGCAGCAGUUGCAACAGCAGCAGCAACAUCUCCACCAACAGCAACAGCAGCAACACAGCCACCAGCAGCAGCAACAGCAGCAGCAGCACCUCCUGUCCAGUGUGACGAUUACGCCCAAUUACCAUCCGGCGCAGCAGCAACAUCAGCAGCAGCAGCAACACCACCAGCCGAUGCGCCAGCAACAUCCAACGACAACUGCCGGCAACCUGGUUGCCCAAAACAACAACAACAGCAAUCCGCUGAUGCAGCAGCAACAGGCGGCCGUCAAGCAUACGCCCCAUUCGCCCGGCAAGAGGACGCGCGGGGAGAACAAGAAGUGCCGCAAGGUGUACGGCAUGGAGAAGCGCGACCAGUGGUGCACCCAGUGCCGGUGGAAGAAGGCGUGCAGUCGCUUCGGGGACUGAAAGCGACAGAAGUC